AUGUCCGCGUUGCUCGUAGCCCGCGAUUCCCAAAUACUGAUGCUCGAAGUGCAAGUGGAAAAGCUCUUCGUCCCGCACAGCAGCCCCUUCGACUCGGUUAUCCUGAGCAAGUUCAUCGUCAGCUUCCGCUUCCUCGACGACGAGUGGACCGACGUGGCGCCCAACCGGCUCGAUUACAAGAACUACCGGGGCUCGAGCGGCGAGGAGCAGGCCUUCCACGGGGGCAAGUCGACCGUGUUCUCGGUGCCCGAGUCGAUGCUUGCCGCGGCCCAGGAGGGCCUGGAGCUCGAGGUGAGGGUGCGCCGGGAGAUAUCCCGGUACUUUGAGACGCGCGGCCACGGCCACGUGAUCGAAGUCGGGAGGGCCCUCGUCGGCGUCGACGACCUCUUCAACGGCAUCGUCAAGGAGCUCAAGACCAGAUGCGACCUCGGGGAUUACCUGCGCCUCGCCCACGAGCGCGACCCCAUCUCGAGGUCCUUGAAGGAUAGGUUCGAGCUGGAGGAGGGUCAACCGGGCACCGAGGUGGAGCUGUACGUGCGGCUGAGCCACCUGGGGGGUUGCGUGGUCACGGAGAUCGACCGGCCCAGCAGGGGCGAGCUGCUCCACUUUUACGCCCAGGAGGAGGGGAACCUCAGCAAGCCGUACGAGUGCCUCGAGCUGAAGGCAGAGCAGAGCCCCGACCUGAAGAUCCCGGCCCUCACGGCACUCAAGGCGCACCCGUCCCUACAGUUGGAGUGCGCCUGCACCGACGAGCAAAAGUACCAGGUCCGGCUGAGCGAGUGCUCAAGGACUUGCGGCACCGGCACCGACGGGGACGAUAACAAGGCCAAGCCGGAAGAGGCUAAGAAGAAGAAGCGGACCAAGGACAAGGGCAGCAACACGGACGCGGGCACGGCGGAUAAGUCGGUCGGCACGCCCAGCCAGAUUGUGAAAGAUGGGUCGGAGAAGAAGAAGGCGUCGGGGCCGAGGAAGAAGAGACGCGGCUCGGGGCCCAUGGUGUACAUCGAGAAGAGCGAGCCCUGCCCGAUUCCCGAGCCCUGCUGUCCCGUGAUCGUUUGCGAGCUGCCCUGCGCCGACCCGUGCCUACCCCCCGUUUGCUGCUACGAGUGA